AGUGACGCAAGGGAAGAAGACACAAAAACACCCGUUGAGUUUUUUUUUAAUACGAAAGAAAAAAUGUCGUCUACUCAGGCCGCCGUAGGGAAGAAGUCCGGAGGCGUCUUCCAGCGCUUUGUCGUGGCACCCUGCGCGAACACGGCACACAAAAUCGAGCACCGCUCCGCCACAAAGCUGCAGCGCGUUGAGCCGGCCGUCGCGGCGUGGAUCAAGACGCACGAGUCCACCGGCGCGGAUGCCGCUGCCAUGAGCACGAAGCGCUUCCUGCACGAGCAGCAGCAGCUGCUCAGCUACCGUGUGGUGCGCUUCUUCGACGAGGUCCGCUUCCUCGGCUCUGGUCAGUACUUCAAGCAGUACAACUUCGCCUGCUUCCUGCAAGACGCACGCUUUUUCACGCAGGCGCUGUUUAUCUUUCUAUGCGCCGUGCUGGUCGGUCGUCGGUCCAUCUUCGCGCCGAUCCACCCCGACAGUCCGCUGGCGAUUGCGCUGGACCACAAGGUGAACCCGAACUACUGA